UCGUCAAUAAGACUUUAUAAUAGAAACAACGUUAAAUUUAAAUUAAGAAUGAUACGAUUGAAAGAAAUAAUUUACUGGCUUUUGGCCUUGCAAAUUACCUGGAUGGUGAGUGGUCAAGAAUUUGGAACAAUAGUGGGUAAAUGGAAAAUAAAGUAUGGCAUACAGGAUGAGAUGCCAGCAUUACAUGUGACUACAAAUAAUGUGGAAAACUUGCCAUUAAAAAUUUACGAUAUUGAACCGAAUACCCAACAAUCAAAUAAUAUUUAUUAUGAAUUUAUAAUUGAAAAUACAAAAUUAGCAACAGUGGAGGAGAAACGUUUAAAUUUGAGUGAUAUUGAAGGUUCUUUCUGGGAAGGUGUGUUGCACGUUAAAGGCCUUCAUAUAGGUUACACACAAUUAUAUAUAACUUUAAAUGAUCCUCAGACAGAUAGAAUUGAAAAGGGUGGAGAAAUUCUAGAGAUAAAAGUGCUGCGCAAUAAACGUAUAGAUGACAAAAUUUUCACAUACACUGCUGCAGCUAUAAUGCUUUUAAUGUUUAUAAAUCUUGGCACUGUGUUGGAUCUGAAACGUGUCAGUCCGAUUUUUUUAAGACCUGUAGGUCCUUUAUUGGGUUUUUGUUCCCGCUAUAUUGUUAUGCCGGCUUUGGCUAUUGGUUUGGGUGUUUUAAUGUUUAAAACUAAUAAAAAUUUACAAUUGGCUUUACUUUUUACGGCCAUAGCACCCAGUGGCGGUAUAGCUAAUAUCUGUAAUGUGUUCUUAAAGGGAAACAUUAAUCUCUCCUUGGCUAUCACCACUUUAAAUAGUGUCUUGGCUUUGGGUAUGUUGCCUUUGUGGAUUUUUCUAAUGGGUCCUGUUCUUUAUCAAGAUUCUAAGUUGAAUUUACCCUUUGUGGACUUGGCCGUUGGUUGUGUUGGUCUUUUAUUGGCCUUAAUAGUGGGAGUUAUAUUACGUACUUUUAUACCUAAAACUACACAAUUUAUAUUUCGUUUUUUGAAACCCGUUUCGGUUUUACUAAGUUUGUGUUUGGUCGCCGUUACGGUGGGCAUAAAUGCUUUUGCUUUUAAGGAAAUUACUUUAAUGAUUUUCUUAGCUGCUUUAUUUUUACCCAUUAUAGGUUAUAUACUUUCAUUUGUUUUAUCAAAAAUUCUAUGCCGCUCUAUAACAGAUGCCAUGACUAUAGCCGUCGAGACUAGUGUUCUAAAUAUGUCUUUACCUAUUGUUUUAUUGGAAUAUACAGUGACUCAACCUAUGGCUGAUAUGUUAAUAGUUGUGCCUAUUUUAUCGGCCUUGUUAUCAUUAUGUUUAAUUGUUAUUUUUUAUAUUGUUCGAAGAAUAUUUGGUUGGAAUACAAAACGAGAUCUCGAUGCUUUUGAUGAAGAAACUUUUUUAGUUGAAUAGAUAUAAUAUGAAUAUAACUAGAUCUAAGUUUAUUGUAAAUAUAGAUUAAGAAUGUAUUAGUAUUAAGUUUAAUAAAACAAAAAUUUGUAAAAAUCAAGACUCGCAGCAAAACUGCUACUCAAGCCCAUCCUGAAUGAAAUACGAGGGCAAAGAUACAAUUUUAGAUUUAUAAUAGAUUCAAAAAUAAUCGAAACUUUGGCUACAAGUUCAAAAAGGCCACGAAAUUCAGAUUCAUCCAUUGAUGAUUAAAAGAAAAUAAUUUGAAACUUCCGAAACCUUUAAAAGCAAAUGAAAAAGAAUAAAAACAAGUCGGUUAUGGCCUACCACAU